AUCUCCAGCCCUGACCAGCAAUGCCAUCAGCUAUGGAGGGCUCAGAGGGGGGAGAAGGGGAAAUCUUGCGCUAUGAGGAAACAGAAGAUGACAACAUCAGUCCCACCGACCUGUCGGAGCUGCUGAAGGAGGGGACUAAGGAGUCCCAUGACCGCGCGGAGAACACUCAGUUUGUCAAAGACUUCCUGAAAGGACGGAUCAAGAAGGAGCUCUUCAAGCUGGCCACUGCAGCACUUUACUUCACGUACUCUGCUCUGGAAGAGGAAAUGGAUCGCAACAAGGACAACCCGGUCUUUGCUCCUCUGUAUUUCCCCCUAGAGCUUCACCGGCAAGAAGCAUUGGUCAAAGACCUGAAAUACUUCUACGGAGAAGACUGGAAAGAGAAGAUCCAGUGUUCAGAGGCAACUCAGCACUAUGUGGACAGAAUCCAUCAUGUGGGACAGCAUGAGCCAGAGCUGCUAGUGGCUCAUGCUUACACACGCUACAUGGGGGACCUCUCAGGUGGCCAAGUGCUGAAGAAGGUAGCCCAGAGGGCCCUGAAGUUGCCCGGUACUGAGGAAGGGGUCCAAUUCUACAUAUUUGACAACAUUUCUAAUGCACAGCAGUUCAAGCAGCUCUACAGAGCGAGGAUGAAUGCUCUGGACUUGGAGAAGAACACCAAGGAAAGGAUCGUGGAGGAGGCCAACCAAGCCUUCAGAUUUAACAUGCAGGUAUUUGAUGAACUGGACAAGAUUGGCAGGUCGCUGACAGAAGAAGCCCAAGACGGAGGCUUUCCAGCCCACGACGGAAAAGGAGACCUCUGCAAAUGCCCUUACUAUGCAGACAAGCUAGCAGGCCAGGCGGGAGCCGGCUGUCCCUAUCGCGCCGCCGUGGACCUGGCGCAGCAGCCCCUGGUGCCGCUGAUCGUGGCGGGCUGUGCUGCUGGGGGGAGCGGCCUGGGGCUUGGUGACGUGGGCACCCCUCUGCCUUCCAUUUUGGGGGGGCUCCUCCUCUUCAACCGAGUGUGUGGGCACAAGGAGAGGGGAGAGCUGGGGAAGCGCCAGGGCUUCUGCUGCCCUGGGCUGGGGUAG